AUGAUCAACAACGGUUUAGAGGCCGACAAACCGCGGACACUUAAGGAGUUCGCGGAAACCACUGGUCUCAAAAUGGAACAGGCGAAAAAGUGUUUUGACGGCUUUGGGGGCUAUGCCCCAGCGCUCGCAUCAUUCGCACAAUCCUACACGACACUACCGGAUAACUUCUUCGAAGACAAGGAAAGGGCAGUGAAGAACGCUGCCGUCAUCAAUGCUGAGUUGAAGCUCAUCUACAAAAGGGCGCGAGAAAUUAAAGAGCGGUCAGGCGAAGGCGAUAAGGAUGUUUGGGGUUCGUACUACAAGCAUUUAGCCACCUUGGCGCCGAAACAGCAGGAGAAACAGCCGCCCAGCGCUCCACCGCAGCCCACAGAGCCACCAAAGUCCAUAUUUGGUUUCUGCAGUGCCGCCUUCCCGACUCAAUCCCCCGCCACCGUCAACUUUGGGUUUGGGGAAGCGCCUGUGAACUCGACCGGAAGCCAGACAUCUGGUAAACCUAAUUUCCAAGGGUUCGGCCAGGCGGCAAAACCCGUAGAGAAAACGAACGACAAGCCCCGUACUGAGCAGGUCAAAUACUGUAAACCCAAGUACUUUACUGGUCCGUUCUUCGACAUGCCGCUUUUCUGGGAGGAGGAGGUGGAAGCACUUUGUCCACUGUUGAAUCUCAACGGUGGAUUUCUUGAGGAGAACCGAGGUGGGCUGCGUGGGAGGCUGGAGAGGUGGGUAACGAAGGCGUCCUUCUACCGACAACCGGUUCAGUAUAUUGAAAUCGAUGACGAAGAUGAGGAGACAGUUCGUGUAAUCAUUAAGGAUGCGGACAGAACCUUCUUCCACCCCGAUCACCGGAAGAAGUUUGUUUCUUUCCUCAAUGCCAUGUCUCAUGAAUUUAAGGCGUAUGGCCAGGCGAUGAGUUACCUCGCCGGCAUCUGCCUUUUGGUGCUAAAUGAGGAGGAGACAGCGGCAGUGCUCCGGUUUGUUUCAAAGGAAUACAUUCCCGGGCAUUGGGCAGCCGAGGCCGUGGGUUUUGCAACCAGUGCCUGGGUCGUUGAGCAUUUUAUGAAGAGAAAGUUCCCCGAUGUAGCAAAACAUCUUGAAGACCUUAAGUUCUGGCCAGACACCUAUCUCCAAAAGAUCCUCACCGGUCUGUGCGUCCACGUUCUGAGUUUCAAGGAUCUGUUCGUAUUUUUGGACUUAUUUAUUGAUGGCGGCAUCAAUUUUCUCAUAAAGUUCUGUCUUGCGGUUGUUGAGCGCUUCCGUAGCUCGAUUCUCCGAGUCAAGUCGGCAAAUGAUGCUAACACAUUGUACGAGAUCAUGCGCCUCGACUCGAAGGUGACAGACUCCAACGACAUCAAGGAGAUCCUUCAACGGGCCCGACUUAUGGAAUUAGGCGAUGAGGAACUUUCCAUUGACGUUUUGCGGUCGAAAGCGUUUGACGAGCACGUAGCCCCCCGGCUGCAACGGGCCCCGAAGACAGAGGCGUUUGAACCUUGCGAAGUGUGCAAUGAGCGGAAACCAAAGUGGUGGAACGAAGAUAUUGGUGCUGUCUGCACCGAGUGCAAGGAGGCGGCGCCAGGGUUAACUUACACUAAAUACUAA